UCCUUGACGGAGUGGCCACAGGAAUUCCCCUGUAAGUUCUUCCACUCUGGUGGAAAGUGCUUCCAAGGAGAUGGGUGCAGGUUUUCCCAUGAACCUUUGACUGACCUCACCAGAAAGCUAUUCGAGGAGUCAUGGAAACAGCACAAGGAAAUGGCAACAGGGAAUCAGCCUGAAAACACAGAGCAAGAGACAACCAAAGAUCAAACAAUGAACACCGUUGACGCUGACAAACCCAAAACUGAUAUUGAUAUAUUCUUAGAUCCUGUCAGGCCAAAUUUUUACAACAGCGUCUGCCCCUCUGAGCCUGACCCAGAGCAGAGGGCCCGCCUGUGGAACACACCAGAACCUGCAGGGGCAGAAGACACCCCUCACAUAGACUCAGACCACACCGUCGAUUCUUCUGCAAAUACCACCAACAGGAAGGUGCCGGUCUCCUAUUCUGUCGAGGCAGUUCUUGGGUCCCGCACACUCUCUGAUAAACCUAAACCCUUCAACAGCCUUUUUGCAAACCCUGUUAGACAGCCAUCCCCUGGACAUUGGUCCCAGCGAACGUCCCCCUGUCAUCCAUCAAGCUCCACAGAAUGUAAGGAGAAGGUUUCUUAUGCAAUUGCGGAUUCCCUCGGGUCACAAAAAAUGCAAGAAAAACCUUUCCGUAGCCUAUUUGCCAGUCCUAUAAUUCAGGCCUAUAGCUCGCCCAGGCCUCUUGCUCCUCAAACAAAAUCUGGUACCCUAACAACUCACCCAAGUACAGAAGGAUCCUCACAUUGUUCCAAGUCGGACUCUGAAGACUGCAAAACUGCUGAAAUGGUUGGAAAUAACCAGAAGCUUUUCGCACGCCCCGUCGAUCAGAACUCACAUAGUCCCGUGAAGAAGUGUGCCGAUCCUCCACAUAGCUCCCAAGUGUCCUUUUCAGAUAAGGGAGGAGCAAAACCAUCCCAGGACCGAUCCUUUCUCUCCCUUUUCGCUGGUCCCAUCAGUCAGACGACAGCUCCCAAAUGCUCCACAGCUCCUGCGCAGGCGAAUCAACAUCCCCUCAGAACUCAAACCGGUCCUCGGAAGAUACCGUCUUCUCAAACUCAUCCAAGAUUAUCUACAGAUCGCAAGAGGAAGGCUUCCCUUUCUACUGAGUCUAUUGCAUCCGGCAAACCCGUUAAGAACAAAUUUAAUAGCCUCUUUGCAGGGUCUAUAGGCCAGAGUUCUACUUCCCAAUCUCCUACUGUUCCAACCCCACCUGGUCACAAAAAGUUUAAAAAUACACCAGGUUCCCCACCAGGCCCCAGAGAAAUAGAUGUUAAGCCCUUAAAGAAACCCUUUCAUAAUCUAUUUUCCGGCCUCAUCAACCCGGCUCCCAUGCACACCCCUCAGACUCAGAAUUCGCCCAGUAGUCCUAUCGGCUCGUCAGCUCAUAAGCAUGAAGCUCCAUGUUCAGUUGAGAUUCUGCUCGAGUCUUCUAAGCCUGUGGAAAACCCCUUUUCCAGCCUCUUUGCUAAACCCAUUGGUGAGGCCAUCCCGCCUGGGUCUCCUUCACCUACCAAGCCAGAUGUCUGCAGCAACCAGGUCAAAGGCAGAUCGCAAGAUCUCGCGUCACACUCAGAACCAGCUGAGACCAAGGCGGUUUUGAAGACCCUUUUUCAGUCCCUAGCUCCAUGUCGCCAAGAGGGAAAGCAAAGCAAAGACACUGUAAGAGAUGGCUUCAGCGUCAGUAAAAACGCCAAACAACCUCCCUGCACUGAGAAACGAAAACAAAAUGAGGACGUAAAGACGGAGGAGGAUGAUACAAAGUCGCCUGUGGGCAAUAGUGUGACGGAAGAGCCGUCCCUACAAGACUCCAUCUCCCAUGAGGCCGUGGUAGAACCUCGUCAAGCCCAGGUAGGUGCCCCUGGUUUCCACAGCCUACCUAUUCAAGCUCUGGCACUACUGACGCGACCUCACACAAACGGGGCGCAGAAGGCGCUGUCUAGACAAACGAGGAACGAGAGCAAUGUAAGCACGACGCCAUUGAAGGAUCUUUUCAAGACUUUUGACCCAACAGCGUCCCCUUUUGGUCAGUAGCUUUUUGUGAUUGCAGUCUCUAAAUAUUCAUACUUUUUUGUUUUUAUAAGUAUGUUGACAUUAUCCUUUGAGGAUCUGAAAGGGUCAUCAUUUACACUUGAUAAGGUGAAGGAAGCAUUUUUAAAUUCCCACAUCAAAAUUGUAACUACUUGUUGAAGCACUGUUUGUUUGUUUUCUUAAUGAUUGUUUUUAUUUUCUCUCAAUAUGGUUUAGUAUUCACUAAAUUGCAGAACUACACAAAUAAACAAUUGCUACAUUAC